UUGGUAGUAUGGACAUACCUUUACAUGGCAGUCACUGAUUUUUUAUUCAUGGGAUCAUAUUUGUUUUUAUUGUAUUCUAUGCCAAUUCAAUCAUUUUUUAAGACUUAUGUAUCUUACUUUUUGGUUGUAUGAAACUUAAAUCCAAUCCCAUGAAUCUUUAGUAGCAGCAGAAGGUGAAACCGUCGCCUCGGUGGCCAUCCCAUGAAUCUUUAGUGGUUGUAUGAAGGAUGCCAAUCUAAAGAAUCUUGUAAAUAACAUUUUUUUUGUAUGGUUACUUAACAGAAACGCCAUUAAUUGGAUAAAAUCUUUUUGAUCUGAGUGCUAAAGGUUGUUUCCUCUAAAAUGCAUUUUAGCAAUUUAAUUUUGAUUGCUAGGAAAGACUAAUAAGUUGGUGUUGCCGAAUAUGGACAUUAAAAUUUGUGUGGUUAAUUAGAAAUGACACGAAUAGAAGCACUAUGAACACAGUCAUGGUAGUUGAAAGCAUUGACAUUCUGCCUAAAACCCGUAUGAUUACCUAGUUCUGCAGUCACUAUGGUAUAAAAAGGGAAAGACAUCUCCCUCAUCUAGGAGAAGUAUGAGCAUGUUCAAUGGUAGUUCAGUUGUUAAAAUUCUGGUUUGAUUAAUAGUUGUUAAAAAUACUCAAAAUAUCUAAAAAAGCCAAUGCUCUUGAAUUGAUUAAAGCUGGAAAAAAUCAUUGCUAGAAUAAGACAUGUUUUUAUAAUGGGGCUCCAUCACUUAUAUUAGGUGUUAAUUGGAGAUCUUUCAACCAGUUCUCCUUUUUGGUGAACUUUGGUACUUUAAGGUUUGUUAAUUUUUUUUAACCUGAGUUGUAUUUCUUUUUAUCUUGAAGUGGUUAUAAUACAUUUUUUUAACGGUCUAAAGUCAAUUUAUGUUUAUUAUCUUAUAUUAGUAAUAGUCAGGAUAUUGAAUUAUGAUCAAGUGCACUGGGAUAUAGAAAUGUAUUAGAAACCCAUGCUAUUGGUUUUUGUAGUUGGAUUUAUAAAUUUAGUAACUAUACUAUGCUCUCUGAUUUCUUCUUAUUUAUAAAGUGGUCCAGACUGAGCACUCUGCUAAACCAUGUUGCUUUUUUGGUCUUUUGAUAAAAUAUCAGAUUGUUAAUAUUCCAUAUCAAAUGUUGGGACUCACUGCUUGAUGCUAACACAGAAAUUCAACAGCAAGGAUGAAUUGGCGGCCGACGGCAUCCAAAGAACGCAGGGAAUUGCCUCUUGUUAUUCGCCUUCUUCAUGAGGACUUGCCUCUUGUUCUUGAUCCUUUCAUGUGUCCUUCAUGUUGGCUCCGGUGUCACCGAUCCUCAAGACGCUGCUGUUCUACGAUCGAUCCUGCAGGACUGGCAAGAUGCUCCACCAAGUUGGGGGCAGUCUGAUGACCCCUGUGGCAUGCCUUGGGAUGGUGUUGUUUGCCAAAACUCGAGGGUGACUUCGCUGAGCUUGUCAACUAUGGGUAUUAAAGGAACACUGAGCGGAGACAUAGGUCUACUCUCAGCCUUGCAAUUUUUGACUUUGUCCUACAAUGGUGAUCUUGGGGGUUCACUCUCUCCGAAUAUUGGAAACCUGAAGCAGCUUACCACUUUGAUCUUAGCUGGUUGCCAAUUCAGCGGUCCAAUUCCAGAACAAUUAGGCAAUUUGGCACAGCUCACUUUCUUGGCAUUGAACAACAACAGAUUUAGUGGUAGUAUUCCAGCUUCACUGGGACUUCUAUCAAAUUUGUCUUGGUUUGACAUCGCGGAGAACCAAUUGACAGGAUCUCUUCCUGUGUCUACAAACUCAACUCCUGGUCUAGAUUUGCUCGUCCACACCAAACACUUUCAUUUCAACAAGAAUCAAUUGUCAGGGGUGCUUCCACCACAACUUUUCAGCUCAGAGAUGACAUUGCUACACCUCCUAUUCGACUCAAAUCAAUUUGAUGGUUCAAUUCCAUCCACGUUGGGACUGGUUACUUCCCUAGAAGUUCUUCGACUUGACAAUAACAAAUUUGAAGGUGCAGUUCCAUCCAACAUCAACAAUCUUACCCGAGUUAGUGAACUGAAUUUGGCAAAUAAUCAACUAAGUGGUAUGCUGCCCAACCUAACAGGGAUGAACCUCCUCCAUUAUGUGGAUCUGAGCAACAACUCUUUCAGUCCUUCAGAAGCUCCGGAGUGGUUUACGACAAUUGAAUCUCUGACAACCUUAGUCAUAGAAUCUGGGGGACUUAUCGGUCAGGUUCCAGCAGAUCUAUUCAGCUUGCCUCAAUUGCAACAAGUAUUGCUAAGCUAUAACGGUUUCAAUGGUACAUUGAACAUGAGCAACAGCAUUAGCCCACAACUGCAGCUUGUCGAUUUCAGAAACAAUUCCAUCACUGGUUUUGUGCAAACAGGAAACUACCUUAAUAUUCUAAUACUUUAUCAAAAUCCAUAUUGCAAUUCUGUGCGGACCAGCACUGACCCAUCCUGCAAUCUCCAGCAACAGGAUCCAUACUCUACCAGUCUGAGCAAAUGUGGUUCUGUAACAUGCGCAUCUCAAGAUCAGAAAGUCAACCCUCAGAGUUGUUCUUGUGCCUUUCCAGAUCAAGGGCGGAUGAUCUUUAGAGGACCUUCCUUCCGUGAUCUGACAAAUUCUACAUUGUUCCAGCUAUUGGAAACGAGUCUAUGGACUAAUCUCGGUCUUACUCCUGGUUAUGUGUACAUUUCAAAUCUGCACUUCAACUUAAAUGAUUAUCUAGAGUUGGAUUUGGCCCUCUUCCCAUCGUCGGGGAUGUUCUUCAACCGUUCGGAAAUUAGCAGAAUUGGGUUUGACCUAAGCAACCAAACCUAUAAACCUCCUCCCAUAUUUGGACCAUACUAUUUUCUUGGAUCACCUUACCCGUUCUCAGGCGAGAGUGGAACUGGAGGAGGAAAGAGUAGUACAGGUGUUAUUGUUGGAGUUGCUGUUGGCUGUGUUAUUCUUAUUGUUGGACUUGUUUGUGUCGGGGUUUAUGCUUUACUGCAGAAGAAGAAAGCUAAAAGAGCUCUUGAACAAAGCCGACCUUUUGUUACAUGGGGGUCUGGCGGUAAAGAUGAUGGCAGUGCUCCACAGCUGAAAGGAGCAAGAUGGUUUCCCUUUGAUGAAAUCAAGAAAAUCACCAACAAUUUCUCUGAAGCUAAUGAAAUCGGUUCCGGAGGCUAUGGAAAGGUCUAUAGAGCAAUCCUCACAGACGGGCAGAUUAUUGCGAUCAAGAGGGCACAACAAGGAUCCAUGCAAGGAGCACAUGAAUUCAAGACCGAGAUCGAGUUGCUUUCCAGAGUUCACCACAAGAAUCUUGUAGACCUUGUCGGCUUUUGCUUUGAAAAGGGAGAACAGAUGCUGGUAUAUGAGUACAUUCCGAAUGGAACACUGAGGGAGAACUUGAGUGGGAGCCUCGGCAUACGAUUAGAUUGGAAGAACAGGCUUAGAAUUGCUCUGGGCUCUGCUAGAGGAUUAGCUUACCUUCAUGAACUGGCUAACCCCCCUAUAAUUCACAGGGAUGUCAAGUCUCCCAACAUCCUUCUCGAUGAGAACUUGAACGCAAAGGUUGCGGAUUUCGGCCUCUCAAAACUGGUAUCCGACAGCGAAAAAGGGCACGUCUCAACACAAGUCAAAGGAACUUUGGGUUACUUGGAUCCAGAGUACUACAUGACGCAACAGCUAUCGGAGAAAAGUGACGUUUACAGCUUUGGUGUAGUGAUGUUGGAGCUGAUAACAGGCCGGCAACCCAUAGAGAAGGGCAAGUACAUCGUUCGUGAGGUCAGGACUGCGAUCGAUGGGCGUGAUCAAGAGUACUAUGGUCUCAAGAACAUGGUAGACCCUGUCCUACGUAACAUGGGACCCAUUAUAGGAUUCAGGAGGUUCGUUGAGUUGGCCAUGCGGUGCUUGGAAGAAACAGCAGCUAACCGACCAACCAUGAACCAAAUUGUGAAGGAGAUCGAAACCAUAAUCCACACUUACGGGCUGAACACACAGCCAAAUUCAGCAUCUUCAUCGGCUACAGAAUUUGGAGACACGCAAGGUGCUCCUCGCCACCAUCCUUACAAUGGUCACUUGCACAAGAAUGAGGAGAGCAGCGACUUCCAAUACAGCGGCGCCUACUCUGCAGUGAUUGAACCGAAGUAGCGGGAAUAUCGUGCUUUGUUUGAUUUGUUUUAAGGUUCCUUGAUUUUGUGUAUGCAUUAAAGAUAGCAUUGUUUGAUGGAUUAAGUUGUUGAAUUGAAUUCAUGUAAAUUGCUUGUCUUUGUGAGGUA